AUGGUCAUUAAUACCCCUCUUCUCAAGGAAGACCCUUCCUCUGAUCCUUCCUUAGCGCUUUCAGAUACACAAACAGGGCCAAAAUCUGCACGUCUGCCACAAAUUAUCGCCCAUCGAGGAUACAAGGGCCGCUUCCCCGAAAAUACUCUCUGCGCAGUUGAUGCCGCAGUUCGCGCAGGUGCCGAUGCUCUAGAACUCGACCUACACCUAUCCCGCGAUGGAGUUGUUCUUUUGUCCCAUGAUCCGUCAUUAAAGCGCUGCUAUGGCGUCAAAAAGAAAAUCAGCGAGUGCGAUUGGGAGUACCUUAGUACCCUGCGCACGUUGCAAGCGCCACAUGAUCCCAUGCCUCGGUUAAUCGACAUUCUCGAAUAUUUGCGAGAGCCAGGGCGCGAGUCGCUAUGGGCGUUGUUAGACAUCAAACUCACUAACGACCCCGCGACCAUCAUGCGCCGCAUCGCCGAGACCAUCGAAUCAGUCCCCAUGCCGGCUGGCGGUCCAGGCUGGUAUCAGCGCAUCGUCCUAGGCUGCUGGUCAGCCCGAUACCUACCGCAGCGCGACCGGUAUCUCCCUCAGUACCCCUUCGCACUAAUAGUCGCGCACCUGGACUACGCGCGCGAGUUCCUGCAACUACCGCGGAUAUCGUUCAACAUCUGCCAAAAGGUGCUCAUGGGCCCGCUCGGUCGCGGGCUCUUAGAGAAGGCGCGCGAGGCGCGGCAUCCGGUGUACCUGUGGACGGUGAAUGCGCCGAACAUGAUGCGCUGGGCGAUUCGGAAUCAGGUCGAUGGGAUUAUUACUGACGAUCCAGUGCUCCUUAAGAAUGUGUAUGAGGAGUGGGAAGACGAGCAGAAGGGACAUACUCAAGAGCCACCACUUACGCGAUCAGAUCGGUUGACUCUCGGGCAGCGCUUCGAGAUCUUGCUUCUCACGUUUUUGGUCGUCAUCUCCAAUCGGUACUUUAGACGGAAGUUCCUCUCGUCGGUGGAGCAUCAGCCCACCGAGGGGCGGAGGGGGUAG